UCGGCGUCCCUAUAAAUGCGCCGAGCGAGCGACGUGGGUACCAUUAGUGCAGUACGUUGCGCUUGAAUUCAUACUGUACACUGCUUAGAAAACAUGGGCUAUAAGGGUUUAUAUCUGUUGGUCUUGGCAGUUGCCGUGAUCUAUGUUCAAGCUGAGCCACAUAGUACGGAGGGAGGGAGGACUGUUACAGUCAGGCAUAAUGUUAUGAAAGUCGUGGAUGGAAUGAUAGAUAGCUCCUUCGAAAGCGUAGAGGGAUGUAUUAUGAAAACGAAGAUCGUGAAAGUUCUUGAAGGUUCUUGUACCGCCUUAUCCAAGGUGAUGCGCAAAUUUGUUCCCGAGACAAUGAUAAGUAGAAUUACGGAAUCUGUCAAAUGCAUGGUGCAUGCCGAGUUGAAAGUGUUCAAGUGUGUUCUCAAAUUGAUAUCCAAUACAAUGAUUGUGGUAUUGCGUUUUAUGGGGAAUUUCCAUGGUGCGCAUUCAAUGAUGAAACAAGCUAUAUCAGAUUGUGGUUUACCAACUGAAACGGCAAGCAUAAUGUCAGGUAUAAUGGACAAUACAGGAUGUACGGGAGGCGCUCUAGGAGGAGGUUCAGGACAUGGUGCGGGAGGUGUGGGAAGUCCUUUCCAUAUUUUAGGUAGCAUGUAUAAUCUUGUUUCAUCAUUAGGUAGAGGUUUAGUAGGUGGUGCGGGAGGUGCAGGUGGUACCUUCCAUACUUUGGGUGGAGGUUUAGGCGGUGGUGUAGGAAAUGGUGGUAUAGAAGGUACUGGAAAAUAAUCCAAGCCCUAAGAUUCUUCAAACUCGGCGAAUUAUAUGUAUAAACAAAACUAGCAAUUUUUUAAAUGCGACGCGUGCAAGUGCUAAAAUAACAACUUCAUUUGACGAGCGAAUGAAUUUGUUUUCUAUUGUGCACUUCAAUAUAUGUAUUUGUCUUAAAUAUAACAUAAAAAUUGUUCUUAAUGAUAUAAAUUGAUCGUAAAUUGUGUCCAAUAAAAAUAUAUGAUAUAUGUAAUAUGAAAAAUAUGCAAAAUAUACAGCAAAAGGUA